UAAAAGAAGAACAAAAAGUAGACAAGUUCAACAAGGCCCAAACAUUAAAAAAAAAUCUAAUAAGAGAAUAACAACAAUAACUGAAAGAUCUUCUAAAGCUGACUGCUUUAAGUGGUUUGCAACCAGCUGCCGUAGUUUUUUGCACGCGAAUCUUACAUUUUAAUUGAAAGAAAACGCUUGCAGCAAAUAAUGCAUAUACGCUAUAACUAUGCAACAUUCUCAUUAGCUGCAAACUCGUAAUAUGGCUGGUGAGGCUGCAGCUAGCGCCAUGCAGUCCUUUCACACGCGCUGCGGUCGUUCCAUAACGCUCGGAAAUGGGAAUCGGUCCGCACAGCGUUCGAUGCGAAAUUUUAGCCAUGCGCUCGUGUUCAGCGCAGAGCCCCUUGUGGAUGAUGUGCUCUUCGAGGUGGUCAUUGAGAAGAAGAAUCACUCCUGGGGCGGCAGCAUUGAGAUUGGCGUCACAUCCGAGUCUCCCGAAGAUUUGGAAUUGGUCGCCUGCGCCACGGCCAUGCGGAAUGGUACCUGGGUAAUGUCUGGUAUUGAUGUGCGCAAGGAUGGCCGACGUUUGUUGGAGUAUUAUGGGACGGAUCUCGAAACACUUAACGAAAAUGAUCGUGUUGGAGUAAUGCGCACCUCCAGCCAUGAGCUCGUUUUCUAUGUCAAUGGUGAAUCUCAGGGUGUGGCCGCCAAGAACAUGCCAAAGCCACUGUGGGCCCUUGUCGAUCUCUACGGGCGCUGUGUGCAAGUGUCCCUAUGUCCCACGGAUGCGAGCACUUCCAUGAACAGCAGCAGCGAGCUGUUGGACUCGCCUUUGCAGCAGCCACUGCAGCAAGUUAUCCAGAAUUUGGACGUGCCUAUGAGCGUCGAUGUCAGCGUGGUGGAUAGCAGCAACAUUGACGCCCUCACACGGCUUAAUCUCAAUGCCAAUGCCAGCUGCAGCUCCAGCAGCGGCAUCGGCGAAUUCUACGAUGUUAAUGAUCGCUUGCGUUUUCAUACGCGUUGCGGCUCCUUGGUCAAAUUGUUGCCCAAUUUCCGCUCGGCAGAGCGUCGUCGACCGCUGGAUGAGUUCAACAAUGGCGUCGUCAUGACACAUCGUCCACUGCGCGACAACGAACUGUUCGAGAUACGCAUUGACAAACUGGUAGACAAAUGGUCGGGCUCCAUUGAGGUGGGCGUCACCACGCACAAUCCGACGGUGCUGCACUUUCCAGCCACAAUGACGAACAUGCGCAGCGGCACCAUCAUGAUGUCCGGCUGUGGCAUAUUAACCAAUGGCAAGGGCACGCGCCGACAGUACGGCGAAUUUAAUCUUGACGAGCUGCGCGAGGGCGAUCGUGUGGGCAUGAUGCGCAAGUCAAACAGCAACCUGCACUACUACAUCAAUGGCCAGGAUCAGGGCGUGGCAGCGACACGCGUGGCCGCCACACUAUGGGGCGUUAUCGAUCUGUAUGGCAUGACCAUCAAAGUGACCAUUGUCGACCGAGACGAGCGUGAGCAACAGAAUUUAGUCACCAGAAGGAACAAUAUUGUCGCCGGCAUGGCCAUGGGCUGCAGUCACGGUCAGUCUGGCACGCCCACGCUGAGUCUUCUGAGCCCGGAGAGCGAAAUGAACGUGGCCGGCGCAGCUGGCGGGCUAAGCGAAACUAUAUCCAGCACACGCGCCAUAGCACGCAACGAUGAUCGCCUCACAUUUCAUCACAUUUGCGGCAGUCAUGCCACGGUCACGCAGAGUGGACGCACUGCGCUCCGGCCCAACGCUGCUGAUGAUUUUAAUAACGGCGUAGUGCUAACACGUCGUCCAUUGCGUCCCAAUGAGCUGUUCCAGGUACGUCUCGAGCGUGUGGUCACCAAAUGGGCCGGCUCUGUUGAAAUGGGCGUAACCACACACACAGCCGAUGAGUUGGACUUUCCAUUUACCAUGACAAACGUGCGUUCCGGCACCUGGAUGAUGACUGGCAAUGGUGUCAUGCAGAAUGGCGUGACUGUGAUCGAACAGUAUGGCCAGAACCUGGAUCGCCUCCAGGUGGGGGAUCGUGUGGGCGUUGUGCGCAAGGAUGAUGGCACUCUGCACUUUUGGGUGAAUGGUGUUGACCAGGGACCCGCUGCCACAAAUGUGCCGGAGCGCGUCUACGGUGUGAUUGAUUUGUAUGGCCAAGCAGCGCAGGCGAGCAUCGUCGACACCUCGGAGUGCGGCAGCCCAGACACGGGCAACUCAACCAUUUCCAACACAACGCUGUACAGCGAGGUGCCGCUGCGAUUUCACAAUAUUCACGGUGCCAACGCGGGCAUCUCCAAUAGCGGCCUGACUGCCUCGCGCCCCAACUCGUUGGCGGAGUUCAAUGACGCCAUUGUGUUCAGCAAUCGGCCGUUGCGUAAUCGUGAACUGUUCGAAGUGGAGCUGGAAACGAUGGUGCGCCACUGGUCGGGCAACAUUGAGAUAGGCGUGACAGGCACGCGACCGGAGGAUAUACAAUUGGCGCCCAAUGCGACCGAUUUGGAGGCUAAUGAUACCAUCAUUCUGUGCGGUCCCAUGAUCUUUCACAAUCGCAAAAGCAUACGCACCAAUGUGCUCAUCGAUCUGGACACUCUUGGCACGGGCACACGAGUCGGGGUCAUGCGCAAUGGCGACUUCAUACACUUCUUUGUGGAUGGCAUGGACCAGGGUCCCGCUGGGGAGUGCCAUGCGCCCAACAUUUGGGCCAUCAUUGAUCUCUACGGACAGUGCGCACAGGUCAGCCUGACGCAAACACAGCUGGACAUACGUGCUCCGUAUGCCACCAGCGAGAACUCGCAGAGCUGCCAGGCCACGUCCGUUAUACAGCAUCCGGCGUUGGAGACCAAACACCGCUGGACAUUCAUUUCGGGCAAUGUCGUGCUUACCAAGGAUUGGACAGAGGCCUCCCGAUAUACUGGCUCUACUGCUGCCCUGUCGCACAGCCUGGUCUUCUCCGAGCAUCCCUUGAGUGUGGGCUCGCCUUUUGAAAUAAAACUGACCUCUAUUAAUCCCAUGUAUGCCGGCUGCCUCAGCAUUGGCAUCACAGAUCUCAACCUGGCCGAUGAAACCGUGCGCAAGAAGCUGCCCACGAGUCUUAAGCGCAUUCCCGCCAACGUUUGGUAUGUGAGCGGCAAUGAGGUGCGCUUCAAUUCCAGCUGCCUGCAGCGUUCGCUGGCGUCCCUUGAGUGGCUGCGUGUGGACGAUCGCAUCACACUGGAACGCGUGGAGAACGCGGUGAACAUACUGCUCAACUCGGAGAACGUGAAUAUUCAAUUUCAUAAUGUGCCCAACAAUGUGUAUGUGGUUGCCGAGCUGCUCGGCUCGACCAUGGCCGUUCAGGUGAUCUCUACACAAAUGCCCGCAUCGCCGUUGCGGCCGUGCAGUCUACGGCUGCAGGAUUCCAUGGACUUUGGCAUGGAUCCUCUAAACAAGCAGGACAGCUCAAUGCUGGAGUCCAUCGAUUCAGAGGCGCAGAACUAUGAAUUUGUGGACAUAUCCAAUAAGCAUGUGCGUCUCUCCGACGAUCGACGCAGCGCCUCCAGAAGCAAAUCCUUCAACCAGGCCAUUGUCUAUCUCAACAAACCGUUGUGCAAGGGCGAAAGCAUUAGCAUCAAAGUGGACGCGAUAAACAAUAAAUGGAAGGGCACUCUCAGCCUGGGUGUGAUGGCCACGUGUCCUCAGGCGCUGGCGGUGCCCAUAUCGCUGCUCAACUGCAAGCGCAGCUGCUGGCUGGCCACACACGACUACAUCAACAUCAAUGGCCAGGUAAUGGCCUCCAAAUACGGCGAAGCUCUUGAGCAAAUACAGGUGGGCACCGUGAUUACCCUGUCGCUCACACACGCCGGCAUGCUGAUCAUCAUGGUUGGCUCCACGAAUCUAGAGGAUCUGGCCAGCGGUUUGCCCGGUCAUGUGUAUCCGAUCUUCGAUAUAUACGGAAAGUGCGAGAAAAUCACAUUGCUAACGGGAAAUGAUGCCACACGCACUGGCAAUGCCAACGGCACGCCAAUCUUGGAGGCACCUGAAGCACUGGAGCUGGACAAUAUGCCGCAACAGUGCGAGAAGGCGCAUUUGGAAAUGCACGAAAAGGAGAAGGACACGGAGCAAUUGAGCGAUAGCGCCAGAGAGCUGCCCACGGGUGCCUCAACCUCAGCUGCCGCCAAUGUCAUGACUCGUUCGGUUAUGGAGAGCGUCUCGGAGAAUCUCCUGCUAAACAUCUCUAUUAAAAAUCGCACUCUUGAACAGCAGCGAAAUGAACUGGGCGGCUCAUCGUCCACGUGUUGCUUGCGCGAGUCCUUGCAGCUGCAGCACAACACGAAUCUAAAUAUUCAGCGAAGUCAGAGUACUCAACGAUUUCAGAACUCGCUGAAUACCUCAACAGGUGGUGGUGGUGCCAGCACUUCUAAUGCAGCGUGUCAGGCGCAUGCAUCAAGCGCCGUUUACGAUACGAACAAGGAGUAUGAUGAGCAGUUGUUAUGCUCCAAUGUGGUUGCUCCAGCUAUGGUCGCCUCGCACGAAUCGGAGCACAGUGAGAACAACGCAGAGGCAGUUGUGGAGGCAGUCAAUGAACGGGAACUGUCCAGCGAGCCUGACAAUGCGCUGGAGGAUGAUGAGAUUGAUUAUAUGAAUCAUUUGUUGCUGCUACAGCAGCUUCAACAAAAUGAAUACACACGCAUGCAGCAUCAUUUGUUGCCGGACCAAAUGUCGCUGCUCAAUCUGGAUCUCUCUUCGCUAAACUCCUUGGAAUCGGAAGCUAAUUCCAUGGGCAAUGGCCGGGAAUCGUUGCGUACAGCAGCAGCGGGGCUGGAGCAAAACGAUUGCGAGUAUUUGAAACAGGUGAAACGUUUCUGUGCCUCCCUGGUGCUGCCCCAGGCCUUUUUCGACAUACGCCUCGAGCCGAUCUGUUUCUGCUCCAUGUGCAGUUGGAGCGUCAACGGCCUCGGCGACAAGUUGGAAGGCUGGGUCUACUUCAAGCUAAAUCAGCAAACGGUAAAUGCGCUUAGCACAUCAACAUCGUCCGCUGCCGGCUCAUCGGCGGCUCAGGUGCAUUUGGAUCUGAAUGGUGAUUGGCUGCCCUUCUACUACAUGACACGCGUGGAUAAAAUACGCGCUAUCUUAGAUCGUGGACAGCCGCUGCCGCUUGAAAUGGACGAGGACACGGUAGCUACCACGCACAAGGAUGAGCCUGGCACCCGUUUAGAGCUCUACUACUCGCCCAAUGCAACAGUUAUUGAACCGGUGCUACCGCAGCAUCAUUAUGUUUCGGAUCAGGGCGUGCAUCGCAUUUCCACCUCUUUCGAGGUGUAUGUGCGUCGUCAAUCGAUCUCUGGCGUCACCACGGGCAAAGCAGCCACCGAGGCGAAGCGGCGCAGCAUGCAUACGACCGAUAAUGAGGCAACCAAUGAUGGCGGAUCGUCGGGUGGCGCUGCUGGCGGCAACGGCUGCAACAGCUCUGGCACUUUGAACGAGUCCUCUGUGCAUCUGCUCAACGAUUUGUGCUGGUUUACCAAAGAGGCAGGCGCCUGCAUUAUUAAUGCAUUAAUUAUUAAAUUAGACCGCAUCGAGGAGCCUGCAAGCGAAACCUAAUUAGAUUAUCUACGCAUAGAUAAUAUUUAUACACUAGUCACCAGCUCGCAGCCUAAUUAACUAUUUAUAUCGUAUAAAGUAUAUGAUAAUAAUACUCGCUAGUUUUCCACGCAUACGCAUUCCCCCUUUAUAAACAUGUUUUGUAUUGUAAGUGCAUAUGAAUCUCCAAAUAUAAUUACAAUGUUACUCCUAACCCGAA